AUGACUAUAGAGACUGCCCUUAUCGAAAUUGACCCCAAUGGAGAUACUCUCCUUAUCUUGCAUAAUCCUGACGAGCCCUUUGCUGUAGACAGUUCCUUUGAGCCAUGGCCUACAGCCCUACCGCAGUACUGGACUCCUGACAAGCAACAAGAAGAAGAUAGGUUAGCGAGCUCGGCACUACGCGUACUCACAAAUGUCGAAGACGCGCCAGAUAUACAUAUGAGGAUUUCUUCACAACAAUUAUUACCGAAUAUGAGAUACUCUUCGCUGCUAAGAACCAAUCAGUGGAGAGAGACUAAAGCAGAGAAUGGUUAUUCUUAUACUAUGACCGCCAAGGGUUGGGACAAAGACGCGCUGACGAUUCUGAUGCAUAUAAUCCAUGGCCAAACGCAGAAGGUUCCCCAUAUGGUUGAUCUGGAGAAGCUGGCAAAAAUUGCCGUGAUCGUCGAGGAGUACGGGUUUCACAGGGCGGCACACUUUUUUGGAAAAGCGUGGAUCAGUCGGCUGGAACAACCUCUUCCUUCGUCCUUUGGUCGGAAACUUUUGCUCAGACUCUUUGUAUCAGGCGUGUUUAUUGACGAAGACGCUUAUGAGAAGCUUACAAAAAUUAUCAUAUAUGAGAGUAGAGGCUGGAUGCACAUGUUAGACUUGCCAGGCACAGGGGACAUAGCCACUUCAGAUGAGCUUGUAACAUCCCGGUGCAAGCUGAUUUCCGGGUUCAUAUCCAGUAUCAAUUCGUUGAAGGAGCAGUUAGGUGAAGAGGAAAAGGAAUGCUCUUUUGAAUGUCUGUCAAUGUCUCUGGGUGCUCUCAUGAAGGGUUUGAAGGCGACGGGUCUCGACAACCUCCAAUCGCAAGUCGAUUGGGAAGAGAAUGGCAACUACGAUGGUUUUAGCGUCAUGGCAAUAGAAAAAGCCCUCAGCGAUAUCCGGAUGCCGGAAUACCACCAGUCGCUUCACCAUGAUCCAAACUCCUCAUUGGACAAGACAGUCGCCGCAGAAACUACAGGCUCAACGAAACCUGAAGGAUCUCACUUUACUUUGAAACGCAAUUGCAGCCUUGAGAUGAAAAUCCAGUCCAUCAUCCAAAUGCAGCUGGCGAAAAUGGAGGGAACGAAGCCAUGGCCUGUAUUUUAG